AUGGUGGAGGCGGCCCGGCUGUGUGCGUCCGAACCGCAGGACCGCGACAAGCAGGAGGCGCUGCUGCGGGCGGCCGAGGAGCUGCGCUACAUCGCGGUGGACUACGCGCAGGGGCAGGACCUCGCCGGCGCGCAGGUCGCCCGCCUGCACGAAAGCGCCAAACAGGCAACAUCGAGCGCCACACAGCUGAUAGCGUCCGCGCACAACGCUACGCAGUACAACACUAAUAAAUACUCGCAGGAGGCGCUGCUGGCGGAGUGCGCGGCGCUGGGCGAGCAGGCGGCGCGGCUGCGCGAGGCGGGCGGCGCCUUCGCGGCGCGCCCCAACCACGCGCCCGCCAGCCUCGACCUCAUCACCGCGGCCGAGGGCUUCUUGCAGCCGAGCGGGCACGUGGCGCAGGCGGCGCGCGCCGUGCUGCCCACGGUGGCCGAGCCCGCCGCCAACAAGCAGCUCGCCGACACCGCGCACCUCUUCAGCGCCACCUGCUCCGACCUCCGGUCGGCGGUGGGCCGCGCACGCGCAUCUUGCCGCGGGCUGGAGAUGGACGCGGCGGCGGAGAUCCUGCGCAGCUUGCAGGCUGAAAUAGACGAGAUGGAGCGAGCCGCCGCUGCGUUCGAGCUGCGCCCCAUUCCCGAGCAGACGGAUAGCAAGUGCACUAAAAUAAUAUCAUCGGGCCGGCAAGUGGUCACCUCGUCGCUCACUCUGGUGGAGAGCGUGAAACGCUAUCUGGUGACCUCCGAAGAAGUCGACUACGCGAACAUCGUCAGCAUGGCCAAGAGUGUAUCGCAGAGCGUGGAGCAGACGCUGGAGGCGGUCCCGUCGCACACGGAGCUGGACGGCGCGCUGGACGACGUGGCGCACACGCUGCACAUCCUCGACGCCGGCGACCUGCCGCGCUCCGACAGGCCUUACGGCGAGCUGCAGGCCGAGCUGAACUCGGCGGCGGUGGGGCUGAGCAGCGCGUCGUCCGACGUGGCCGCGGCCGCGGAGGCGGGCGGGCUCUCCGCCGCCGGCCGACACUUUGGUGACGCCUUCAACCGCCUCAUGGGGGUGUCGCUCGAGCUGGCCGGCCAGACUGAGCUGCAGGCCGAGCUGAACUCGGCGGCGGUGGGGCUGAGCAGCGCGUCGUCCGACGUGGCCGCGGCCGCGGAGGCGGGCGGGCUCUCCGCCGCCGGCCGACACUUUGUCCGAUCGGUCCAGUAG